GAUCCACUAGUCCAGCUUAGCUUCAAGCCCCGGCCGGCCCUCCUCCACUCCUUCCAUCGAUCGACCGUCUCCUCCGGACCUCCCCGGCCCGGACAUAUAUAUCUCCAUGGUGUCUCCCGGAUCCGACGAUGCCGCCGCCGCCGUGUGCUGCAUGUGCGGCGACCAUGGCUUGCCGCAAGAGCUGUUCCUCUGCAAGCUCUGCCGCCUCCGGUUGCAACACAGAUACUGCAGCGAGCUUUACCCGAGGGCGGCGACAUACCGCCGGUGCAACUGGUGCAUCAGGGAGGACGGGGGACUAGGCUCGCCAACGAAACGGCGGAUGUCGACGACGACGUCGUCGGAGAUGAAUAUUUCCAAGUGUGAUAAGAGGAUAAGGCGUUCCUCUGGUACGGCGUGCUCCAGGUCCGUGUUCUCCACGGAUCACUCCGGCAAGCCUGUAAAGAAGCCCAAGGACAUCGGUGAUGACGGAGUGAUGUUACCAGUGCCGGAGGCGGAAACGACGACGGCCAAGGGUAGCAAACCGCAGGCCGCUGCUGGGAAGAAGGCGCGGUUUAGGGUGAAGGUGAGACGGUACAAGCUCCUAGCCGAAGUGAUCAGCUGCUAAUUAAUUAAUUGCCUAGAGUACGACACCAGUAAAGAGUGCAAGAUCAUCAGAGACGAUCAUACAAAUAAUAUACACCAAGUUAUUUUUUUUCCUGUGACUGACCAAGUUACUUAUGUGUGCCCUAUUGUUGCCCAGAAAAAAAAAGGAAUUAUAUAUGUGCCCAACGA